CUCAGCCUCACCUUUAUUUUUCCUUCUUCUGAUCUUCUUUCUGAUCUUUCUUCUUUAAUGGAUUGUAUGGGUAAGAUGUGGAGGGUGGUGCCUGUUCUACUGCUGGUUUUCUACUUACAACAUUGCGCCCAUGGGGAACCAGAGGUCCCGUGUUACUUCAUAUUUGGUGAUUCAUUGUCUGAUAGUGGCAAUAAUAAUAAGCUUGUCACACUGGGAAGAGCCAAUUUCCCACCAAAUGGAAUAGACUUUCCUAAUGGUCCGACUGGAAGGUUUUGCAAUGGCCGAACUAUUGUCGAUGUUCUUGCUGAGCUUCUCAAAUUGGAAGAUUACAUCCCACCAUAUGCAACUGUAAGUGAUUAUCGAAUACUCCAAGGCGCUAACUUUGCAUCUGGUUCAUCAGGGAUUCGAGAUGAAACUGGAAGACACUAUGGUGAUCUGAUUACCAUGAAAGAACAGUUGAAAAAUUACCAGAUUGCAGUCUCGAGGAUAACCAACAUUCUAGGAAAUGACACAGCUGCUAUGGAUCAUCUCAGCAAAUGCCUAUUUACAGUUGGGAUCGGCAGCCACGACUACAUCAACAACUACUACCUACCACAGUUGUACCCAACAAACAGUGAAUAUACUCCUGUUCAGUAUGCCUCAGUACUUAUUAAUCAGUAUUUUCAGCAAUUGAAGACUUUGUACAAGCAUGGAGCGAGAAAGGUAGCCAUCUUCGGCCUCGGUCGACUAGGUUGCAUGCCACUUGAAGUGGGUUUGUAUGGUGAAGUUUCUGAUACUGAAUGUGUCGAAUUCAUAAAUGAUGCAGUCCAAGUUUUUAACGAUAGGCUUGUAAGGCUGGUGGAUGGCCUCAAUGCCAAUCUCACGGAUGCGCACUUUACGUAUAUAAACAUGAGUGGAAUUCAAUCGUUUGACGCUGCGGCUUUUGGAUUCAGAGUUAGAAACAAUGGGUGCUGUGGGGGGCAGCUUCCUUGCCUUCCUUUUGCAGGUCCAUGCAGCAAUAGGACGGAGCACAUCUAUUGGGAUUUCAUCAACCCAACGGAAGCUGCGAAUAUGAUCUAUGCUGAAAGAGCAUACAUCUCACAGACUCCCUCUGAUGCCCACCCGAUGGAUAUACACACCCUAGCCCAGCUCGCCUCUGGGGAAGAAGAUGACAGCUAAUGCUAGCUGCGCAUUGUAAGUUAAUGCGCACAAUAGUUGUUAUACUGUAAUUGUACGCCUGUUAAUAUGCUUUAAUUUUUGUAAUAAAACUUCAGCAGCUGAGGACGAUGGUCCGUGUUGUGGGGCUUCACUAUCAUGAACGUAUGGUUCUUCUUCCUGUCAAUGUAUUAAUCCUGUGAGUUCUGUUCUACAACAUAUGGUAUGUCCCAAGCUCAAAUAGUUUCCCUGUAGCCAGCUGGUAGCCACAAAAAGGAAAAGGGGAAAGUUUUGUUUU